CGGUCUGUUCUGUGGAUCUUUAAAUAUUUCUUAAAUUAUAAAAUUAUUGAAAAAACUCACUCUAGGUACAUGUGAGCAUUCUACUUUUUAUUUCUAUAUAGUUUUUGAAUUUGACAAGCGUUAUUUUUUAAUCUUAACUUUCAUAGAAGUCUGUGACUCAAUGACGUGUUUUAGCUAAUGGGAUGAGCGUUUCGGUAUAAUGACUGAGUCUUUUUGCGGAGGGAAUCCCUGGAGAAAAAUACCGGAGGAGACACCGCAAGAAUGAUGAGAGAGGGAACGCGACAGCGCACUCACGUAUCAUUCAAGAAAUUUAUAUAUAUCGCACGCGUCGUAAUCCGCCGGUCGAUCUCGCGGCUCAAUAAAUAUCGCGUCUGUAACGCCGAGAAUCGGCAAUCGCAAUCAUGUUUGUGCGCCGAGUUGAUCGCACGUUGACGUUCCGGCUAACGACGACGCUCGCAUUGGCGUGUAUACUCGCGAGAUUGGUGCGUUCCUACGUGCUGCCGGAUCCGACUUUUGAGGUGCUGAAGCCGCAAGGUCUUCGAGUUUCUAUACCCGAUGCACCGGGCUUGAGACUAUUUGGAUUUCACGCCAAUCUCAACAAGGCCAUUCGCGCCAACGAGCACGGCGAGAUCACGGGGGAUGCUUACGCGGCGAGAGACGGCCGCUGGACCGUCGAGAAUUCGGAUGUGACCAUAGCGAACGGGGACACGCUUCAUUAUUGGAUCUAUGCGCAAGCUGAUGGGGGUAACAGCAGAAAGAACGAUCAGAGAUGGACGUAUUCCUCUGUAGGAGACCAAGACAUCGAUCAGGUCGCCAGUCAGAUGGGCACCGAUGAGGAAGAUGCCACAACGGAAACCACAGGCCGGUUGCUGCUCGAAGAUAAUUUCAACUUCUUGAACGAGUCAUUGUGGAAGCGCGAGAUAAAGAUGCCGUUAGAGCCGGACUACGAGUUCUGUGUGUACCACAACGAUAAUCAUCCGCAGCUCGUGCGACUCAACAAAGGUCGGUUGAUCAUCAAGCCGAUUCUACUUGAAGACAAUUACGGCGAGAACGCGACCACGUACGGACGAAUACAACUUAGCGGAUGCACGAGCACGGUUGAUAUCGAGUGCUCGCGAAAGGCGAUGUCGUUUAGCAUCCUGCCGCCAGUUAUAUCUGCGCGGUUCACCACGAGGGAACAGUUCGCCCUGCAAUACGGCAAGAUCGAAAUACGCGCCAAGUUUCCCGAGGGUGACUGGUUGUAUCCAGAAAUGUGGCUCGAGCCGAGAUACUCCAUGUACGGGUCGAACUACGCGAGCGGUCGCGUUCUUCUGGGUCUGGCGCGCGGCAACGAGAACCUGGUGAACGCCAGUGACGUCUCGAAGAUCUACGACACCAGGAGAUUGGAUUUUGGCAUUAAACUAGGCGCGUCUCCGAAUGUUCGAGAGAUACUCGUCUCGAAGGUGCACGAGCACGGGACGCAAUGGACGCGAAAUUUCCACACGUACACGACGAUCUGGACCAGCGACGGGUUCACGUUUCUGGUCGACGGCGAGGAAGUCGGCCGGGUAACGCCUGACGGGAAGGGAUGGUUGACCGGUUCUAACGCGGACAGGAAAGCCGCUCCUUUUGAUCAAGAGUUCUACAUUAGCCUCGGCGUCGGUGUGGGAGGAUUGCGCGAGUUCCCGGACGGUACAAUUAGUUCGGGAACGGAAAAGCCGUGGACAAACGUGGGCGCCAAGGCAAUGCUGAAGUUCUGGAACUCGCGAAACACAUGGCUGCCAAGUUGGAGACGAAACCGCGGCGAAAAAACUGCCUUCGAGAUAGAUUACGUUCGAGUGUGGAGUCUCUGAGUCAAUGUGGUCUUUUGUUAUUUAUGUUAUUGUUUAGUACACGUCUGAUUUUGUAUUGUA